CGUGGACAGCGACACACUUUAGUUCACGCGUGUGUGUGAAGACUCAACCGGUGGCUUUUGAUUGCUGACUCCACUCGCGUCGCGACUUGGCUUGCCAUCACGCAAGAACUUCACCGUGUCCAAACUGCGAAUAAUAAUAAUACCACUAAUUAUAAAAAAAGACGGAGGCAUCUCCACGUUAAAUAAAGUCAGAUUUGUCCGUGAGAGUGGGAUACUGUCCGCGAGAUGAUGUUUCUCUGUGGGGGAAUUGCGCUUUAGAAGCUCCACAAUCCAGAAGGAUGCUGGUGGGAAAUGCCUGUCGACAGAGAGGACGAGAUUUGUCAAAAAGCGCUAGAACUCUUAUCGGAUCUUUGUUCUAAGGGGGAGGUUCAGAAUGAAAACUGUUUGGAUUUCAUUUAUUAUUUCCGAGACCUUGCAAGGCCGAGGAAUUCGGACUCAGAAAUAUCCAUUAGUCUGCUGUCAUUGGUGGUGACUGCUUGUGGUCUGGCCCUGUUUGGUGUCUCUAUCUUCGUUUCAUGGAAACUGUGCUGGAUCCCAUGGCGCGAGCAAGGCCUCUCUCCAGGCACCAAGGAGGGUCAUGCCGACUCCCCUCAUCAACAUCCUCAUCCUCCUCCUCCGCCCCUUCUACCCCGUCCCAUCUAUACCAAGGUGGACGCCACCCUUGACCGCCGGAGUAUUACUCAAAGUUCAGUGAUAAAAGAGACUACUUUGCUGGUCACUCCAGUCUCGCCGGAAGUUCCAGGAUCUCCUCCUGCAAUGCCAGUGCACGAGGCAGCUCUCAAAAUAAGCCACACUUCACCUGAUAUUCCGCUGGAGGUGGAGUCUAAGACUCAAGAAAAUGGUGUCCAUGGCAACUUACGAACGCAGAGGCAAAUCACAGAACUCUCCUCGACAUGUGUCAGGCAAAGUUCCAUUCGUCGUCAGAUUAAUCAGUCAAACCCUGACUUCACAGUAACCCAGUUCCAGAGGCAGGACUCUUUGACUGGCAUGAGUCUGGGCCAGCUAAAACCAGAACUCUACAAACAACGAUCUCUAGAUGAUGAGGACAACCGAAACAGUCAUGUGGGCAGCUGUGGACGCCUCCACUUUAUUCUUAAAUAUGACUGUGACCUAGAGCAGCUCAUUGUCAAAAUGCACCGAGCACAAGACCUCCCUGCCAAGGACUUUUCCGGAACCUCUGACCCAUAUGUAAAAAUCUACCUUCUCCCAGACCGCAAAACAAAGCACCAGACCAAGGUGCAUCGUAAGACUUUAAACCCUGUAUUUGAUGAGGUCUUCCUCUUCCCUGUGGCGUAUGCAGACCUGCCAACAAGGAAGUUGCACUUCAGCGUCUAUGACUUUGAUCGUUUUUCACGCCACGAUAUUAUUGGGCAGGUGGUGGUUGACAAUUUUCUGGAUCUAGUAGACUUUCCUAGGGAGACAAAACUCUGCAGGGAUAUCCAGUAUGUGUCUUCGGACAAUGUGGAUCUGGGGGAUUUGAUGUUUUCUCUAUGCUAUCUGCCCACUGCCGGACGACUGACGAUCACCAUGAUCAAAGCACGAAACCUGAAAGCCAUGGACAUCACUGGAGCUUCAGAUCCUUAUGUAAAAGUUUCUCUGAUGUGUGAUGGACGGAGACUGAAGAAAAGAAAAACCUCUACCAAGAGGAACACAUUGAACCCUGUGUACAAUGAGGCCAUAGUGUUUGAUGUCCCUCCAGAGAACAUUGACCAAAUCAGCCUUCUCAUAGCUGUUAUGGACUAUGACCGUGUUGGUCACAAUGAGGUCAUUGGCGUGUGCCGAGUAGGGAAUGAUGCUGAGGGUUUGGGCAGAGAACACUGGAAUGAAAUGUUGACAUACCCACGAAAACCCAUCGCACAUUGGCACCCUCUCAUAGAGUAUCACAGUACUGGAGGGGGAAGCCAGGGAGGUUCCUGUAAUUCCCUAAAGGCGCCUCCAUCACCAUAGCCUGAGUUCUCAUCUUUAGACCAACAAGAGAAGAAAAUACAUGCACAAGAUUUUCUGUCCUGGGAUCCAGAAGCCCAAAAUCAGAGAGCUCCAGUUGGCUGUUCCUGACAACAAAGGGAAUAGUGUGCCAUUUUUUUUUUUCUACCUGUGCACCUGGAAACCCUUCCACUGCAUUGGGAUACAUGAUUGUUUCAGCUGCAUGUUGAGUGGUCACAUACUGUACGAUUAUUUUGUGCUAAUCAUGGUGAAUUGGAAAAGAAAAUGUAGUGGGGAAAAGUGGGAAAGAGUAUGUGUUGUUCUCAAUGUUUUAAUUCCAAGUAAAUGUUUUCUAAAUCAUUCUCAGUGUGUGUUUUUACAUGGAAUGUCAGUGUGUUAGUGCUCUUGAGGAUAGAAUGUCAAUUUUCCUUUUUUAAUUUAUACCCUCUCACAGUGCAUGAGUGUGUUUUUCGGUGUGGUAAAGAUGUUCUCUGUUUCUUGUUUGAAAUACUGUGGAUCUUGUCAUAAAGCGUCAUGGUGAUGAAUUGUUUACAGACUUUGCAAAAGUAAACUGUUAUUUCUCAUGUUAUUAAACAUCUAUUUUUUACAAAACCAA